AAGUGUUGGCCAUUGCUGGAAAUGAUUCGGUGGUCAUACUAGGAAACAUUAGCAACUGAAAAACUUUGAUAACACUUUAGAAAAUAUGGCAAACACUAAAGAAAAAGACCCUGUGGACAUAGUUCACCAGAAUGCUAUUCGUGUCGAGACAAUAAUGAAGGAGCUGAGGCACCAGAAGCUUUACACUGAGUUUAACAUCAACCCAUACAAGAAACUGCACAUUCUGACUGACAAGCCCAUGUCCAAUAUCACCUACAGAAAAGAAGAGGAGGACCCUGCUUUCGUCCAGGCCAUACACAGGGCCCACCUGGAGCCCACAAAAAAGUACUCUCACCCUCAGACGGAAGCACAAGAGAUAGGAUGGAUAUCUAGUCCUUUAAUUGUCUCAGAUCGCCAUGACAGAAGAUUAAAUUUUCCUCGGCAGAACUCUGAAAUCACUAAAUACAUGGAUGCUGCAUGGCGUUUGAAGGAACAGACUCAAAAUUUGGGAUGAUAGUUUAAGCCAUAUUUUCCUGAUGCCAUAUAAACGAAUGCAAAUAAACAAGUCUGGAUAGCGCCUGUGAGAAUUGCAAAGUAGGCAUUCUUUGUUAUCACAAAUAAACACAGUAAAUGUGCAAGUACAAAUAUAUUUCAGGGAACACUCACUAAUGCAGAGAAGUUAAGAUUGGGUUUGCACAGAGGCUGCAAGUCUCAAAAUCCCAUGAGCUGCCCACCUAGACAGUGUUUUUACCAUCUUGCAAGGCAGGUCAUUCGAUUUUAAGACACAGCCGGGGUGUUUAGAAUUUCAGUCGUGCAUCUAGGGAUAUGUUAAAGUGGGUCAAAUAGCCACCAUUCAUCACUAUGAAUGUGACUGUGCCCGUCCAGCAGAAUCUCUGCAUAGUAAGCAAAAGAGAUUAGUUCAUAACAAAUCGAUCUUAGAUAAUGUCAGAUUAUACAGAAAUAGGAUUCACACAGCUUGUUUUGCAAAUGUGCCUUUUUCACGGGAAAAAAAAUCCAUAUCUGUGACCAUAAUCCACUGGCGGUUUAUUGGAACAUAUUACACAUAAUGUACAACUCAGGUCAAGAUUUAUUACAUUACUUCCCCAAAAGAAAUUCCCUUAGAUGAAGAUACAGUAAUAUUGUCUCUAUCUUAUAGAAAUGCACUGAAUUACUUACUAAAAUAAAAUUAAAUGAAGACUUAAAGAGAAAGUUCAACCUAAAAUGGAAAUUCUGUCAUAGUUUACUUACUCUCAUGUUGUUCCAAACCUG